CAAGAAGAGAGAAGUCGUGUGUCCUUUCAACCACUGAAGACCACAAAAUUGGCUGGAUGUGCUACGGCCCUUUUGCAGAUUUUGAUCCUUCUACUCCCAUUGCUUUGGGGAGUUAUGCCAUGUGGACAGCAACCAAAUGAUCAGUAACCUGCCACCGUCCUUGUGGUUGAGGGGAAGCCAUGGACUCCACCGGGUCUAAACUCCUGAAAGGAUCGCCAGAGGCUGAAGAUGGAAACAUCGAAUAUAAACUGAAGCUGGUGAAUCCAUCCCAGUACCGCUUUGAGCACCUGGUGACACAGAUGAAGUGGCGGCUCCAGGAGGGCCGCGGUGAGGCUGUCUACCAGAUUGGGGUAGAGGACAAUGGGCUGCUGGUGGGGCUGGCCGAGGAGGAGAUGCGGGCAUCCCUCAAGACCCUGCACCGGAUGGCAGAGAAGGUUGGGGCAGACAUCACUGUUCUUCGGGAGCGAGAAGUGGAUUAUGAUAGCGACAUGCCCCGGAAGAUCACCGAGGUGCUGGUACGAAAGGUCCCUGACAACCAGCAGUUCCUAGACCUCCGUGUGGCCGUCCUGGGCAAUGUGGACUCAGGGAAGUCGACUCUGCUCGGAGUCCUGACCCAGGGAGAGCUGGACAAUGGGCGGGGCCGGGCUCGACUCAACCUUUUCCGCCACCUGCAUGAGAUUCAGUCUGGCCGAACCUCCAGCAUCAGCUUCGAGAUCCUGGGCUUUAACAGCAAGGGAGAGGUGGUGAAUUACAGUGACUCACGGACGGCAGAAGAGAUCUGUGAAAGCAGCUCCAAGAUGAUCACCUUCAUCGACCUGGCAGGCCACCACAAGUACCUGCACACCACCAUCUUUGGCCUCACCUCAUACUGCCCCGACUGUGCCCUGCUCCUCGUCAGUGCUAAUACUGGGAUCGCCGGCACCACAAGGGAACAUCUAGGGCUAGCCCUGGCCCUGAAAGUGCCCUUCUUCAUCGUGGUCAGCAAAGUGGACCUGUGCGCCAAGACCACAGUGGAGAGGACAGUACGACAGCUGGAGCGGGUCCUCAAGCAGCCUGGCUGCCACAAGGUCCCCAUGCUGGUCACCUCUGAGGAUGAUGCUGUCACGGCUGCCCAGCAGUUUGCCCAGUCACCCAAUGUCACUCCUAUCUUCACGCUCUCCAGCGUGUCUGGGGAGAGCCUGGACCUGCUCAAAGUCUUUCUGAAUAUCUUGCCACCACUUACCAACAGCAAGGAGCAGGAGGAGCUCAUGCAGCAGCUGACGGAGUUUCAGGUGGAUGAAAUCUACACAGUACCAGAGGUGGGGACCGUUGUCGGAGGGACGCUUUCCAGUGGGAUUUGCCGUGAGGGGGACCAGCUGGUGGUGGGCCCCACGGACGAUGGCAGCUUCCUGGAGCUGAGAGUAUGCAGCAUCCAGCGCAACCGCUCUGCCUGUCGUGUGCUGCGAGCUGGCCAGGCUGCUACAUUGGCCCUCGGGGACUUUGACCGUGCCCUUCUUCGCAAGGGCAUGGUGAUGGUGAGCCCCGAGAUGAAUCCCACCAUCUGCUCAGUGUUCGAGGCGGAGAUAGUGCUACUGUUCCAUGCCACCACGUUCCGGCGAGGCUUCCAGGUGACCGUACAUGUGGGCAACGUACGGCAGACGGCAGUGGUGGAAAAGAUCCAUGCCAAGGACAAGCUGCGGACAGGGGAGAAGGCAGUGGUACGUUUCCGCUUCCUGAAACACCCCGAGUACCUGAAGGUGGGCGCCAAGCUGCUGUUCCGGGAGGGUGUCACCAAGGGCAUCGGCCAUGUCACUGAUGUGCAAGCCAUUGCAGCAGGAGAGGCCCAGGCCAACAUGGGCUUCUGAACUCCUCCAGGCAGGCACAGCUCUAUUGCUGUCCCUACAAUAUAUAAGGUGACUUCUGGCCAUGCUGCCCCCGUUGGCGGCUUUGUGUGUUACUAGGCUAGGGAGAGACCGGUGCUCUCUGCCCCUUGCUCCCUGCCACCUUUCUGGAGAGGUGCCAAGCUUGUUGUGGCCAGGGAGGGGCAGUCCUGAGGUUGUCAAGAAGACAGGAGCAUUCAGGGCAGUGCAUAGCAGCUUUGCGUCCACCUGGUUGGCUCAUCAACCCGGGAAACUCCAUGGCCUGUCUACCGGAGGGAGCUGACCGCCGCCACCUUGACCCUACUGUCUGGACUGGGCAUGAUUUCGCCAGUGUGGUCCCUGCACUUCAGGAAUUGUCACAACUGGGGGUGGACUUCGAAAUCACUCCUUUUUCUAUACCUCUUCUCAAGGCCAUGUAAGUUGCCCAUCUCUACUUGACUGUGGACAAAAGACGGCUGCUCCCGGCCAUCUGGUGGUGGCCCAGGGUCUGAAGAAAUGGCACAGGGACAGUGCUCCCCACCUUGUGCUGAGGCAUGAGGUCUGUUCCUCAGCUUUGUCUCCCUUCCCUUCACUCAAGGGCCAUUCUCCAUUUUUCUGCUCAUAGGCCCCACAGGUGCUAUUUGUUAUGCUGGCCCAGGCGUGGGGCUGCCGAGCGGAGGCUUGGCAUACCGAAGGUCAGCUGCAUGUCAAUCAGUCUUGUCCCCUCCUCUGCAGUGAUUUGUUGGUUUUAGUGCUGGAUCAAACAGUGUUUUACUUUCCCAGACUAGUGACUGGGGACCUGACCCACAGCUCCCCAUCCUGCCAUCCUUUACCCCCUCCACCCUUCCUGCUCCCACGUUAAGCCCUCCCUGUGUUGCAGGGAACCUGGAGGAAAGGGAAAGAUGUUGCCAUAUUUCCUACACUUUAGGGCAUGGACUCUCUCCUUUCCCUUUGUUAAUGUCCUGGGUUCCCCGGACUCAGGGAUUUGUUGGUUCAGGUUUCUCUGCGUAUAUAUAAAUAUAAAUAUAUACAUACAUAUAUAUAUUUAAAUACACACAUAUAUAUUGUACAGAAUAAAAAUGUUUUAUUGAACACACCGUGCUUAUGCUUAAGAUAUAGGCUCAGCUACCAGAGCUAGAUUCCUCUUCAGGAUUAGAGACAAGUGAAACCCUAGCACCGCUGAGCCCUGGAUGGAGCAAAGAGCCCAUCUGGUAUCCUUCCCCAUUCUCCCUUUCCUGUCCCUCCCCUGCCCUCCGCGUUCCAGUAUUGUGACCUGGGUAUGCUGGCUUAUUUGCAUAGCUCUUGAGCAAGCAGACUAGAAAGCAAAACUGCCGCCUUUUCAGUGGAGACAGGUAACCAGCCCGCACCUGAGGAGUUGGCCACUUGGCUAUGGUCUCCGCACUGGGGAGCCCGCUUCUGUGCCAGGUCAGAGAUUUGGAGAUUAGCACGCAAGCUCCUUACUAAAGCAUGGAACUUAAGAGUCACGGUCAUCUGGCCCUCACGCUUUCCCUCACAGUGCAGAAGAGCUCGAAGUGAGGUUUACGUAGCCUAAAGUGGCUUCUUGGAACCACCUGGCCACACCUUAGUCCUUUCUUCCUGUUUCU